AAAUCCAAUAAUCUAACCCUACUGUGUAAAGGAUAACUGAAAUGCAAUGAACCAAAAUUAAAAUUAUUUACCUAACAAAUUAUUUAACAAUAGCUGCAGAAACACAAAACAAAAAAAUAAUAAUUUUUCUCCAUAAGCUGUGUACAAAUUUACAGUGUGAAACUUAAUUUCUGCUUCAGAUUUAAAUUUUUAAGCAGCCCUAAACAAUCUUACGUAUCUUGUACAAAAAAAAACCUAGUAACUAAGUCAAUAUAUUAGUUCUUAAAAUAUAUUACACCCUAUAUCCGCAAUACUUAAAAUUUACGUUUCUCAAAAUGAAUGCACGUUCACAAGUUUUUGACUUAACCAUGGAGGGGCGUCAAGUUGAUGAAGCUGUUGCUAGCAUAUUUCACACGGUGCUCUUUCAUCGUUGCCUAGGCAAAUACAUGUACACUGGUGAUGCACAAUACUCCAUUGGCACCGUCGGCUACACCGACGUCGAUUGUGAUUUCAUUGAUUUCACUUAUGUCUGCUGCACAUCUGAAACUCUCAGCCGCACUGUCAAACGUGCCAUAAAUAUUUUCAGUGAAAAAUUACGCUCAAAUGAGAGUUGCGGCUCCGGGCAAAUAAGUCUAGAGUUCUUUCAGAAGAAAAAAUCACGCUGGCCGUUCCAGCAGGAAUGUAUACCAUGGGAAGUAUGGACCAUACAUUUAGAUCUCAUUAAGUAUGAAAAUGAAGACGAUCGUCAAAUGUGUCGAGAGAAUGUAUCCGAUUUAUUGACAGAGAAAGUUAUAUACAUAACGGAGUUAAUGAAUCGACAUGAUUAUGUACCCAAAACACCUAGUCAAAGUGAACUGAAUCUAAUAUUCGAUACAUCAUAUCCGGAUAUUCAACCAUAUCUAUUUAAGUUCGAUUAUUCCACAACUGGUUCGAGCGCACCAUCAGUUGGAAAUGCCAUGAAGAAAAUUAUAAAAGAGACGCUCGCGUUGUGACUGCAUGUGAUGGUGACGGGUGAUGGGUCAACAUUGAGAACCACGACUUCGAUUGUUGACUACGAUGACGGUGUGCUGCGUGGGAAAUGUGUAAAUGACGAAACAAGUAUUAUGUUAACUCAAGUAUGCGAACAUGAUGACAAUGAUAAGGAUUAUGAGAAUUUCUAUCAAAUUCAAAUGAAGAAACGUGAAGUUUAUAAACCAACUUGUGUUGAUAGGUCUACGAUUGAUGAUCUCAAAUCCAUGCUGACCGCAAUGGGAGGUUUAAUUUUAUUAGUUUUGUGUCAUCAUAAUCGCUUAGAUUCAUUUUAGUUGAAUAUUUCAAGCUAAUUUCAAGAAUAAGACAAAGAGAGACGGCUAACAUUAUAGUUUUAUAUAUUAC